AUGGGCAUCAGUGUUGUGGUUGGGGCCCCCAGAGCAAACACCAGUCAGCCAGGAGUCACUGAGGCAGGGGCUGUGUAUCUCUGUCCCUGGGCACAGACAGGAGGGGCCUGUACUACCAUGACCUUUGACACAAAAGGUGAUGAGGUUUAUCCUCACCAGAACUUAGUGAUAAGGUCUUCAAAGUCCCACCAGUGGUUUGGCGCUACUGUGCGAUCCUCUGGAAACUACAUUGUGGCCUGUGCCCCCCUGUUCCACUGGAACGUGGUAGACGUGGGUGAACGUGAUGAGGCCCAGAACACUCCAGUGGGGAACUGCCUAGUGUUGAACACACUGACAGGGGAAACGGUCAACUUCUCCCCCUGCAGGGACAUCAUGACUGAGAAGGUUUACAAAGCCCGGAAGUACAGGUAUUCUGUGGCCGCUGGCGAGUUUACUGGAGACUCAAUACCAGAUUAUGUGGUUGGAGUGCCUAAUGACCGCAACACAGCAGGCUCAGUCAAAAUCUAUAAUGGAAAUACACUUGCCUUUUUGAGAGUGAAACACACAUUCUUAGGCUCUCAGGUGGCCUCUUACUUUGGCCACAGCGUUGCAGUGACUGAUAUUAACAAUGAUGGACGAGAUGAUAUCCUAUUCGGGGCGCCCCUCUUCAUGGAGCGUGUGUCGGGCCAGCAGUUGCAGGAGGUGGGCCAGGUGAGUGUGUACCUGCAGAGAGGGCGCUCCACCUUCCACUCCAAGCCAGACCAGAAGCUGACAGGUUCCCAGGUGUACGGACGCUUUGGCAGCACCAUCGCCCCCCUCAGUGACCUGGACAAUGACGGUUUUAAUGAUGUUGCUGUGGGAGCCCCAUCCUCAGGCAUUGAAGGGAGGGUUUUCAUCUACAUGGGGACUAGCGAUGGACUGUCUCCCCAGUAUACCCAGGUCAUUGAGAGUCCCUUCCGGUCCCUAGGUCCCUCUCCAGCACAGUUUGGCUUCACCCUGAGAGGAGCCACUGACAUUGAUUCAAAUGGCUACCCAGAUCUAAUUGUUGGUGCAUGGGGAGUCAAUAAGAUUGCUGUGUACAGGGCUCAAGCCGUGGUGAUGGCAAAGACCCAACUCUCCCUCUACCCUGACUUCCUGAACCCAGAUGUGAAGGAGUGUGAGCGCACCACCACCAACGAGCCUGUGGCCUGCUUCACAGUCAUGAUGUGCAUUAGUGUGUCUGGCCACAGCAUUCCAGAGGAGAUAGUUCUAGAUGCAGAGCUUCAGCUGGACAAGAUGAAACAGCCAAUGGCCAGGAGGACCCUGUUGCUGCACACAAAUCUGCCCCAAGAGUAUUUCCAGCUAACCAUUCAGAGAGAUGUGGGAGUGGUCUGCAGGAACCAAACCGCUUACCUAAGGUCAGAGUUCAAGGACAAGCUGAGCCCCAUUUUCAUCUCCCUGAACUACAGCCUGUCCAACUCCAACUCCCAGGAGACCAUGCUGCAUGGCCAGAGAGCUGUGGUCGCACAGACCAGGAUCAUUCUGGACUGCGGAGAGGACAAUGUCUGUGUCCCUGACCUGAGGCUGACUUCUGAAGCAGGUACCGGCCGUCUUCUGAUAGGGGAUGACCACCCUGCUCUGCUGGUCAUCACAGUGGAGAACCGAGGAGAGGGGGCCUACGAGACCGAGCUGGAGAUACGCCCACCUGCCAACACACACUACCAGAGUAUGGUGACUGACAGAGAGGGCUUCAGCAGGUUGAUCUGCGCUCAGAAGAAGGAGAACCAGACGGUGGUGGUGAUCUGUGAGCUGGGAAACCCUAUGAAGCAGGGCCAGAAGCUCCAGGCCGGUCUGUUCUUCAGCGUGGGGAACCUGGAGAAGGUGGAGAGCCACGUGUCAUUCACAUUACAGAUCAAAAGCAAGAACAGCCAGAAUCCUGACAGUAAUGUGGCCCAUCUGAGGAUCGAUGUCAGCGCUGAAGCAGCUCUGGAGAUGCGGGGGGGCUCCUCUCCACCUGAGUGUGUCUUGCCCAUUGCCAAGUGGGAACAGAAGGAGCAGCCUGACGACCUGGAUGAGGUUGGCCCGCUAGUGGAACACGUCUAUGAGUUGAGAAACCUGGGUCCGAGCACGGUCAACGCCAGGGUGGUAGUAGAGUUCCCCACCCAUCACCAUGGAGACUUACUUCUCUAUGCGUUCGCUAACGCCUCCGAGGACUUCCUCAUCUGCCACACUGACUCCCCUGACAUCGACCCAUAUCAGUUGGUUAAGACCGGGAAUGCUACUGUUGGUACAGUGUACAAGGUUAAACAGAAUGAGGUGGAACGACUGGAGCCUCAGCGCAAAGAGACCGUUCACGUGAAUUGCACAAGUGGAGAUACCUGUCUGAGGUUUGUGUGUGAGGCCAAAGGUCUGGAAAGAGGCUGGAGCGCUGUGGUGAAGGUGAUGUCCCGACUCUGGGUACAAACCUUCCUGGAGAGGCCUUAUGAGAAUUAUGUCCUCCACUCUAUAGCACGCUAUGCGGUUAUAGAUAUGCCCUCUAAGAUCCAGCCUGAAGAGCUGCCAAGUGGACAGGCUGAGACCCAGACCAGUGUGGUGUGGAGGGCUCCUGAUGGAGAGAAGGAAGUGCCGGUGUGGUGGAUCGCUGUGGCUGUGCUCUCUGGCCUAUUCCUCCUCGCUCUGCUAGCUCUGAUCUUCUGGAAGGUGGGGUUCUUUAAUCGCAACCGUCCCCCCGUGUGA